CUCUUUCUUUUCAUCGUCUUCUUCCUUUUUUUUUCUUUCUCUCUCUCUUUCUCUUUCUACCUCCAUUCUUUCCCCUCUCUUAUUUCUUCCCCAAACAUCUUCGAACCCUAGCCCCCCAAAUUCACGGCAACAAGAAAAGCUCGUCGGCAGCGACGAGUCCUCACCGCCGCUAUCAUCUCACUCCGGCGGUACGCCGCCUGGUCUGCUGUUAAUCUUACUGAAACAUUGUUAUAAGUGUCAUGGUGGCACUGAGCAGCUCCAACCUCACCCCUAAACCUCAACGUGGACCUCCUUCAAAUUUGCUACAUCCUUUCCAUCAAAACCCACUAAAAACCCUGUACAAAAGCAACUAUAAUAACAAUGAUACUUUCAAAUUGAAAGCAUCACCAGCACCACUUUUUCCACUUACGCCUCCAAAAAAAAAACCAAAAAGGUUCCACGAGAAGAAUGCAUUCCCAAACUCUAUACCCAUCCACAACAGAAACCCACAUGCCAUUUACAGAGACAUCCAGAAAUUUGCCAACCAAAACAAGCUGAAGGAAGCUCUUGCUAUAUUAGAUUACCUAGACCACCGUGGCAUUCCCACCAAUGUCACGACAUUCUCCUCACUUAUUUCCGCUUGCGUAAGAGUCAGAUCCAUUGAUGCAGCAAAACAAGUGCAUGCACAUAUAAGAAUAAAUGGUCUCGAGAAAAAUGAAUUCCUGCAAACGAAGCUGGUCCACAUGUAUGCAGGUUGUGGAUCCAUUGAGGAUGCAAAGAGGGUGUUUGAAACAAUGAAUAUUACAAGUGUGUAUCCGUGGAAUGCACUGCUUAGGGGAAAUGUAGUGUUGGGCAGGCGCAAUAACCAUGAAGUUUUGGAUUCAUUCUUGGAAAUGCAGGCUUCUGGUGUAGAGUUGAAUGUUUAUAGCUAUUCUUGUUUGAUCAAGAGCCUGGCAGGGGCGCGGUCUCUCCGUCAGGGCUUGAAAACUCAUGGGAUCUUGAUAAAGAAUGGUUUAUUGCAAAGUUGUAUAAUUAGGACUAGUUUGAUUGAUAUGUAUUUCAAGUGUGGCAAGAUUAAGCUGGCACACAAUUUAUUUGAGGAAGUUGAGGAAAGGGAUGUGGUGGUAUGGGGAGCAAUGAUAGCUGGUUUGGGUCAUAAUAGGUUGCAAAAGGAGGCAUUGGAAUGUACAAGAUGGAUGGUAAGGGAGGGCAUAGGAGUCAAUUCUGUUAUAUUAACUAGCAUUCUUCCAGUCAUUGGGGAAGUUUUUGCACGAAAAAUUGGACAGGAGGUUCAUGCUUAUGUAAUUAAGACAAGAGAGUACUCGAAGCAGUUGUUUAUUCAAUCUGCAUUGGUUGAUAUGUAUUGCAAGUGUGGAGAUAUGGUUUCAGGAAGAAAGGUAUUUUAUGGGUCAAAGGAGAGAAACACUAUUUCUUGGACUGCUCUUUUAUCUGGUUAUGUUGCAAAUGGGAGACUCGACCAGGCAUUAAGAUCGAUUAUUUGGAUGCAACAGGAAGGUUUCAAACCUGAUGUUGUGACAAUUGCCACAGUUCUUCCAGUUUGUGGGAAGCUGAGGGCAUUGAAGCAGGGAAAGGAAAUUCACGCUUAUGCAGUAAAGAAUGGAUUCCUGCCAAGUGUAUCUGUUGCUACUUCCCUGGUGAUCAUGUACUCGAAGUGUGGUACUUUGGAUUAUUCUGUAAGGGUGUUUGAUGGCAUGGAGAAGAAGAAUGUGAUAUCAUGGACAGCUAUGAUUGAGUGCUAUAUAGAAUGUCAAAGAUUACAUGAAGCACUUGGUGUUUUCAGAUUAAUGCAAUUGUCUAAGCACAGGCCAGACUCUGUUACAAUAGCAAGGAUAUUGAGUGUUUGUGGCCAACUUAAAGUUCAAGAACUUGGGAAGGAAGUCCAUGCACAGGCUCUGAAAAAGAAAUUGGAAUCUGUCCCCUUCGUCUCUGCUGAAAUUGUGAAAAUGUACGGGUACUGCGGAGCAGUUAACAAGGCAAUGUUGGCUUUUGAUGCCAUUCCUUGUAAAGGAUCAGUGACGUGGACUGCCAUUAUUGAGGCUUACGGAUGCAAUGGUCAAUAUGAAGAAGCUAUACAUCUUUUCAAGCAGAUGAUGUCAGAUGAUUUUUCUCCAAACCAGUUCACGUUUAAAGUGGUUCUAAGUAUUUGUGAACAGGGUGGAUUUGCAGAUGAGGCGAAAAUGUUUUUUACUUUGAUGACUCAAAAAUAUAAAAUCAAGGCAUCUGAAGAACAUUAUUCUAGCAUCAUUAACCUUCUCAUUCGUUCGGGUCUAACAGAGGAGGCUGAGAAAUUUAUGCAACUGAGUUCAUACGCAGCUUAACCAUAAGGUUGUCUGUUUUGUGAAUAAAAGGACAAAUCUAAGUUUCCAAAUCUUUGAUAAAAGGUCCGAACCUGUGUUGCUAUGUUUUACUACUCAUAUAUAGCACAAUAAACUUUGAUAGCAAAGUGGAACAAAGGCCAGCACAUCGAUUAUGUAAAAGCAGGAGCAGGGGUUGCUGGUUUCUUUUAGCAGAUCCUUCUCUACAUCUGAAAUUGGGCAGAGAUCACUGUUGCCAGUUCAUUUCAGAAAAGAGAAGAGACCAGAUUGGAAAGAAGAGUGACGAAUACAGGCUGCCGUGACGAGUAUUGACCACAUGAAUCGCAGAACAGAAGCACAUCUAGAGUUAGAAAAGGAAGUGAAUUGUAAAUGUAUUACCAGAGACUAUGUAAGAAAAACUUCCCGAAUGGUAGAAGCUGGAAACUUCCUACAGUCGAUAUGCGCAAUAAGAUUCAACUACACGAAAACUCUCCGAAAGUCCUUAAAUCAUACAAGACCAAAUUUGCUGCAUGUAUAACAUGAAAACCACUUGUGGCUAGAGGGUGGAUGGGGGCUUAGGGCGACCCCUACCCGUCAAUUACAAAAUAUAGCGUAAGGAAGCAACUGAAGUAUAAAUAGGGAGUAGUACUCUUUUACAUCGUAAUUCAGGUAUAUGGCAUUUCCAAUUCUUGAGUUUUGAUGUUCCCCUACAUCUCCUCCAAAGAAGUGUGCACCUUCAUACUCUUCAUGGUCUGCUGCAAUCAGAGAAGCAUCAUAUGUUGCUAUUGUGUUGUAAUGUUUUCUCUAUUGUGUGAAUGAGAGCUAAAGCGUUAAUCAAUCGCCAACCAGACCCCUCUAUAGCUCCAAUCCUUUCAAACCAAUCAAUCGUAGCUCCAAUCCUUUCAAACCAGCCGCAAGUUCAUUUAUCAAAUCCAUGUGUUCCGCCUUGAGACUAAGCAGUCUAGACCUGCGGAUCAAGUCCACGAACAAUUUCUUGUACUGUUUGGCCCAUUUUUAAAUAAUUACUUCCGGGAUUAAACUCUAUCCAAAUGACGUUUAGAGAUUAAAUAAUAUACAUCUACACAAUCAAUUACAAAUUGCGAAUCCAAACAGUAAAAUUAUGUUUGCUAAAUCAGUUAUUCCAAAAUUAAUUAUUUUAUAAAAAUUAUGAGACAGUUGGGCCAAAAGUAUAUCAAUAAUUUUACAUGCAUCCAAUCGAAAUAAAAAACAAAAACAAAACCUACCCUAAAGAUAAAAUAAACAUUGAUAUUGUAGGGUUCGAGUUUGAACCGACAAUCUCCUCAUCGUAAGGUCUUAACCUUACCGUUGAAGCAAAAUUCCUAAAAUUUUGUUGCUUUCCCAAGUAAUAACAUUCCUCUCCAAUUCGUUUCAAACAAUAGUCACAAACGCGUUUUCUGCUCAGAGUCCGAAAAAGCGCUUACACGAUUUCAAUAUCUUUGUACGACCAAAAUUCCCGCUUUUCUUCUCCGUGCUAAAACUAUGGCCAUCCCCGCCUCGUUCAAAUUCUUCAUCAUCGGGUGGUGGCGCUAAAGCGACGUGCUGGUCAUGGAUCCUGCAAUACCUCUCCGAAACCGACGAAGAUCUCCUCAAGGACAGAGCUCUCUUCACAUUAGACAAUUUCAUCGAUGUAGAAGCAGCGAUCGAACGGUUCCUGCGGAACCCGAAAGGUGAUGGUUUCUUCUCCGUCGUUUGAUUUUGAUCCCCAUUUUCUGAAAGGGGUUGGUGACCUUGGGGGGUUUUGGAUCCAUGGGUUGGGGUGGAUUUGUGUUUGGAGUGAGGGGAAGAAACACAAUCUGAUGAGAAUUCAAUGGUCCGAGAGCUUUUGAUCCUGUUGUAGCCAUUCAUUUU